CUGCAAUGGGUUCCAGGAACUGGAGCGGAACGAUGAUGAUGACGACGCUGCAUGAGGAUGACGCUGCACCCGAAUCCCAAUUUCAGACGCCUCUGACUCUACUCCCAGUGGUGGGGCGAUUUCGGGCACAAUAAUUAAAAACAUAAAUUAGGCCUCAAAUUAAAAGCCAUCAAAUGUUACGCAAAAUUACACUUUCAUAGGGGCUAUUUCGAUAUAAAGCCCCUGAAUUGUGGGCCCAGACUGUUCACAAUGUUUAAAUUUUGGAAUGGAGUCUUCUUCCUGGUCUUGGCCCUUGGGGUUUCGGGCAGAAGUACUUCCUCCGACCUGGACGAGGAUUGCGAACUAAAUGCGGUGGAUACAAUGCACGAUUUCUGCUGUGACCUUCACGAAGAGGGCCCACAGUUCACCGACUGCCAGAGAGAGUGGCAUGACAAGAUCCAGUACUCCACGGAUGAGGAAGAACAGAGCUAUAUGUUUUGCACUGCAGAAUGCACCUUUAACAGCACCGAGAUUCUGGGCAAGACCCGUCAGUCUCUCAGACUCCGUCUGGUGAAGAAUCACUUGGAAUCCUACCUGGUCAACGAUGCAGAUGUGGAUCUACUUUAUGCUACCUACAUCAAGUGCGACAAACAUGCCCUUUCCCUCUUGCCGCACUCGGGUGUCAAGAAGCUGGCUAAGCGCCUUUCCUCCUACGGCUGUCAUCCGUAUCCUGGCUUGGUUUUCGAGUGCGUGGCCAACGAGAUGAUCCUCAACUGCCCAGCUAAGAAAUUCCAACAAACGGCCGCUUGCAAAGAGACCAGAAACUAUUUGAAGCAGUGUAUGCAGUACCUCAAGUACAAGGCCUAGAGAGAUACAAUAAUCACACGAAAAUACACAGCACUUGCAGCUUACAUUUUUAUUGUAC